AUGGCAGCUGGUAACCCAUUGCAUGAUCUAGCUGAGGAUUUAUUGUGUUCAGUUUGUCUGUAUUUGUUUAAAGAAGCUGUAGUGCUGGAAUGUGGACAUAGUUUUUGUAAAUCCUGCAUAGAUAAAGUCUGGGACAGUGAGAACAUUACCUUCUGUCCUGAAUGCAGAAAGGCAUUCCCAUCUAAAAGCUGUCCUGUGUGUGUCAUCUGUAUGAUCUCAUCUAAACAUAAAGGGUACAGAUUGCUACCCAUACUGGAAGCAGCCAGCAUGUUUCAGGACAAUCUGAAAAAUACUGUAUCUUCUCUAGAAAUGAAAAUGAAACAUCUCAAAGAGUGUCAAAGCAAGCAGGAACAGAUAAUCUCUGGUAUCAAGGAUGAUGUCCAAAGCUUGGAACAGCACAUUACAUCAGAAUUUGCCAAGCUGCGACAGUUUCUCCAGGAUAAGGAGCAACAGAUGAUCCAACAGCUCAAGGAGAAAGCUGCAGGAAUUCUAGAAAAGAUGACAUAAAACUUAGAGAAAAUUGAAGAAAUGAACAAAAUUAUUCAGAAGAAAAAAUCCAGCAUUGAAU